AUGUCAUUAAACAACAACGCUAAUCAAGGCAUUAACCAACCUAUCGAUCCUAAUCCAACACAAAGUACCACAACACGAACAACAACAACAACAACAGCAGUAGCAACAAUCACCUUUGAUUACACAAAAUAUUUACCAUAUUAUAUUAGACCACCUUAUGGUUUACCAUUACCAUAUAAUAAUGGUGCCGGUGCCGGUACCGGAUAUUUACAACCAACUCCUAAUCGUAAUACCGGUAUAGCACCACCUAUUACUGGGGAAGAAGGUGGAUAUUUAGCAUAUUUGCUUAAUUAUGGUGGACAUUUACCGUUUGUUGAUAGACGUGGUGGUGGUAGACGAAAUGAUGGUCGUGGACGUAACGGUGGUCGUAGACGUAACGGUGGUCGUAGACGAUUUGAUGAUUAUGAAGAUUAUUUCGAGAAUAGAAGGAAUUUUGGGCCCGCAUUUCUUAAUGAAAGAUACAACAAUCGAAACCCAGCAUACAUGUACAGUUGGGGCAGUUAUACAAUCAUUUAA